GUUUAUUUUGUACGCUCGUUACAGAUCGGCGGUGUUAAGUUUUAUAAAAUUGUAUUCUAGAGGUAGAUCUAACUAUGAUAUUAUUACACAUAUCAUUUGUCUUUCUGAUGAUCAGUAUUCUGAUGAUUCAAGAAGCUAAAGGUCGAUAUUGUCAAUGGCACAUGGGAUGUCCAGCUGAAAGACGUUGCUGCUCCUCUAAUGUAUGCUGUUCGAAAGCAGAAUAUGAUACAGAAAUAUUAGAAAAACACUAUCGUACAGAGACACAAAUCAUUAUUGUAAGCGUUUGUAUUCCUGUUGGAGUAAUUGGUUUGUGCUGUUUUUGUUGGUUUUGUUGUAAAAAGAAACGUUCUCCUACAACUCAGAACAACGAAGGAAAUCAAACUGGUCAAAUACCGACAAUUUCUCUGGCGUUGGAUCUGGAGAAUCCAGAAGUGAAUCACUUUGAUGACAAACCUCCUGAAUAUGGAUCCUGGUAUGCAGAAGAUGGAGAAGACAAAACGGAAACGAAUCUCAUUCCAAUGUUUAUUUUACCUGACUAUGAAUCUUUACAACGAACAACGGAAUCAUCUAAUGCGGGGGUAGAAUCUGCAGAAACCUGACCUGAUAUAGGAGAUGAAUACAAGUGAUAAAUAAUCGUUUUUUAGCGCGGAGUUAAAACACGAAGAAUUAAGCUUCGUUGUGUAAAUCGUUAUUCGAAAAUAUUUAACUACUGUGUACUACUACUCAGGUCAAAUACCGACAAUUUCUCUGGCGUUGGAUCUGGAGAAUCCAGAAGUGAAUCACUUUGAUGACAAACCUCCUGAAUAUGGAUCCUGGUAUGCAGAAGAUGGAGAAGACAAAACGGAAACGAAUCUCAUUCCAAUGUUUAUUUUACCUGACUAUGAAUCUUUACAACGAACAACGGAAUCAUCUAAUGUGGGGGUAGAAUCUGCAGAAACCUGACCUGAUAUAGGAGAUGAAUACAAGUGAUAAAUAAUCGUUUUUUAGCGCGGAGUUAAAACACGAAGAAUUAAGCUCCAGAGCCUUUGUUGCCAAGGCACAACUUCGCGCGGCAAGGGGUGAUUUACCGCAAUUCGUGACCAACUGCGUAUACACUAGUUGCACAAAUAUUCGAAAUUGAACAUGUUGCGAAAGAUAUUCACUGCCUGCCUUACAUUUUAUUAUACAAGUCUUUACACUGUUAUAAUAUUUUAUUUAUAUUUUUUGCUUUUUAAUUUAAUAAAUGUUUUUAACUUAACAUCAUUUUCAAUCAACGACUUAGUGGUGGAGAAUCCAAUGCAAAAAGUUCAAAGGUGAUAUUAAAUAAUAUAAUAUUUGUUUAUACUUUUGCUCAUAUUGUUCAGCAUGUGCAUAUGAAUCGCCAAGUUUCGAUGCAACAGAUCUAAUUUUAUGUACAGUAUUUAGGUUUUUUAUUUUCUAUUACGUCAUACAUAAAUCACUACACGUAUUAUUAAUUAAAAAUAGAUAGUGUAUGUAUCCAAUACUUGUUCCAGCUUGCUCUAUUUUUAUUUUGCGUAACUCCAUACGUAACAAGCAUGUACGCUUCGUAGUUUUUUUAUACAUCCAUAUCUAAUAAUUGAUACUUGACAUUUUAGUUUUAAUUUAAAAUACGCAUCAUAUUUAUAAAUACAAUCUACAUGCAACCAGUAAACUCUUUUGUACUUUGGGAACUUGGUGCCAUA